ACUUGAUUUGAAUUCUAGUACUGAAAAAUGGGUUCAAGAGUAGCAAUACUCAUGCUAGGCCUCUUGGCCAUGGUUCUUCUUAUCUCCUCAGAGGUGGCUGCUAGGGACUUAGCUGAGAAGGUUGAUAAAGAGAAAAAUAGAUUGGGUGAUGCCAAGUAUGGUGGUGGAGGCUACCCUGGAUAUGGCCACAAUGGAGGAGGAGGAUACCCCGGCUCUCAUCAUGGUGGUAGCGGAUACCCCGGUCACGGAGGAGGAGGGUAUUGCCGAUACGGUUGCUGCGGCAGCGGAUACGGCGGAAGGUGCAGAAGGUGUUGCUCUUAUGCUGGUGAAGCUGUUGAAGCACAAACUCAAGUGGCUAAACCUCACAACUGAGCCUUUGGUGGUGGUGGUGUUUGUAAUUAAUAGUAAUGUUGUCAUUGAAUAAAUAAAUUAGGGCUUGUAGUAAUGAAGAUUGAAGACUCAAGAGGCAUAAAAAGUGAUGUUUGUUGCUCAUCUUUCUUUUUCUUUGGUUGCCCACGGUAUCUUUGUUGGCCAAUGGAUUGCUACAUACAUAAGACAGGCUUGCUUAAACAGACGAUUGAACUGACAACUUGACCAAUCCAAGUUGGUUUGUUGCUCAUCUUUCUUUGCCACUAUAUGCUAGUGUUGAACAUACAUGUCACUCACAUGUUUAAUUUGUGUUAUGUUUAAUUUUAACUUUGAAGUUUAAAU